AUGUUGUUGUGCUCGUGCUCGUGGAGUCUGGCUGUUGUUGUUUGUGUUUCAGGUGUGUUUGGUACUGAACCUGUGUCUGUGUCAGUGACUGAAGGAGAUUCUGUGUCUCUGUCUGUGAGUCUGACUGAAGAACAGAGAGGAAACACAAUCAUGUGGAGCUUUGGACCUACAAGAGCUAUGAUAGCUGAAAUGAAUGUGAAGAAGAAAACUAAACAGUGUUAUGAUGAAGAUGAUAGAGCUGAUGGGAGAUUCAGAGACAGACUGCAGGUGGAUAUUCAGACUGUAUCUCUCAACAUCACACACAUCAGAAUCACAGACUCUGGACUUUAUGUGAUAACAGUCAGCAGCCAAAGGAGACCACUCAAGAGAUUCAACAUUACUGUCUACGCUCGUCUUCCUGUUCCUGUCAUCACCAGUUCUUCUUCAUCUUCAUCAUCAGAUUGUGUUGUGUUGUGUUCAGUAAUGGAUGUGUCACAUGUGAGUGUCUCCUGGUACAAAGGAAAGAGUUUAUUGUCCAGCAUCAGUGUGUCUGAUCUCAACAUCAGACUCUCUCUACCUCUGGAGUGUCUGAAUGAUUCUUACACAUGUGUCAUCAACAAUUCCAUCACAAACCAGACUCAACAUCUCACAUCUGAUGUCUGUCACAAGUGUUCAGCUCCUUCCGCAGGAUUCUCCUGCUGUUGUGGUUUUACUGAAGCUGUGAUCCGAUUGGUCGUCUCUGCUCUGGUGGGCGUGGCUGCUGUUGCUGUUCUGGUUUAUGACGUCAGAUCCAGAAGAGAUGAACAGAAGAAGAGAUCAGACAUUCAGUUAAAUGAUCAAUGAAUGAAUCUGUAAUUC